CUUUUAUUUGUACUACAUGACAAAAAGUAUGUGGACACCUGAACUGUGGCCAACAAAAUUAGGAAGCAGUGUAUAAAAUUCUUGUGUUAAGGUUUCCCAUUCAGUGUCCGUGUGCAAAAACUGAGGUCCAGGAACACAUGGUUUGUCAUGGGUGGGAGCGGAAAAACGAGUGUCCUGCGCAAAGCCCUGACCUCAACCCCAAUCCUGAACAUUUUUGGGACGAGCUCGACUGCACCCAACAUCAGUUUCCUGACCUCACUAAUGCUUUGGUUAACACAAAUUCCCUCAUCACGGAGGAUAAUAAAUCCGUACUGGGGUGUUCAAGAAGCACAUGAACUCAGGAUGGUCGAGCCAGGUGUCCACAAACUUUUGGUCACACCUCGGUGUCCGCAUACUUUUGGUCGCACUCAAAGGAGACGUUCAAUCAAGGGCAACUUUGAAACACGUUAUAGUGGGGUAACCACGCCCACUGGGCUACGCCCCGCCCCUUCCCCUUACUGGAUGACGCGGUGGUGGAGCAGGCAGAAGAUGUGCUUAGCAACAAGCUACAUGUGAACUCCGGUUAAAGUAGAGAGCUUCCGUCUUCCGGAAAGAGACAUAAUAUUUUACGAAGACGGAGCUGCUUUACGGAUAAAAUAACGCGUUGACAAUGUCGUGAGUUUUUUUUUUAAGGAAAAAUAAGGAACAAACACGAGGCACGUGAAAGAGAAGUGAAUAUUGUUGAUCAGUUAGCCCGGAGCUAGCUCCUGCUCUAAAACUGCGUGUUGUCUGGAAAUAAUCGACCAUUUUCUCCUUUUUCACACACGCAUUUCCUCCGAUUGGGAUGCUGCUUUGGCUCGAAGGGCGCGUUCAUACUGUGAAAGGACUGAAGAGAGAACAGGGUGGACAUUUCUGUUGGAUCUGGACUCGUUCUGGGAGCGGCGCUCAUGUGGAUGUGUGUUUUUGUUCUGCUGCGAGCUGACCGACAAAAAAGCCUUUCCGAUUUUUUUUUCCUCUUACAACCCCGAAAUCUACAGGAAUCGAAAUAUUUAGAGGGGGAAACACAUUUACAACAAAUUGAUCGAAUCAGAAGAUUUUAAAUACGAAAUAAUUGUUUGAUUCGAGUUGAGCAUUUGCUACAUCGGUUUGGCUUGGGGCCAGCACGACCACAAUCCACAGGCUUAGCAGGAGGAGAUCUGGCCUGGGAAUCCUUCUGAUACUUAAAUGUGAGCGAUCGACCUCCAUAGUACAAUCAGGUGUUUAAAAAAUACAGAAAACCUGUGGAUGAUCAUGGCCUUGGUGUGCUUUUAAAUGGCCUAACUCAGGAUCCGACUGGACGAGAUUUCUAGGCAUGAGCUGAAGAUUGAUCCACUUGAUAAACCAGUUUAUAUCAUUUUUUUUGAUUGCACCAUUAAAAAGAAGAAACUUUCGCAUCAUUUCAUGUUGACCACAAUCAUUCUGUACAACCAUGAUGAUCCUGAGCAGAAAACCAGAUGGUCCGGUCACAGCAGCUCGGCACGGGGACGGACUGUACGACUCUUACAUGCGUGACCACAUCACGAAUCAAGAAGCUGACCCAACCGGACAGAGCCCAGGCACCCUGCCCCCUUUGCACAAACACACAGCUGUGAACAAGCCACCGAUGAAGGAUCACCUUGCGCUCCGAGGAGGUCAGGUGAAGAUUAAAUACCUGUAUGAGGAUUCAUACAAUCGGAAGCCCAAUGGUGUGAGCCAACACAACGGUACCAGCCAAACUCCCGCCAAGCCCCAGCCUGUUCUCUCCAAAGAGCGAAGCAUGGACAGCAAUAGUUCAGCCAAGUCCUCUGAAAGCUCUGUGAAGCCAACCAAGCUGGGGGUUCCUCUAACCCCAGAGCAGACUCUAAAGCAGUAUAGGCAAAAGCUGAGUGCACUAGAAUGUCAGGAGAUCCCUAAUUACCCUGAGAUCUACUUUGUGGGACCAAAUGCUAAGAAGAGACAAGCAGUUGCAGGAGGUUCGAACAACUCUGGAUAUGAUGAUGACCAGGGAGGGUAUAUCCAUGUGCCACAUGACCACGUUGCCUAUCGUUAUGAGUUCUUAAAGGUAAUUGGUAAAGGAAGUUUCGGCCAAGUGGCAAAAGUCUACGACCAUAAGUUACACCAGCAUCUUGCUCUAAAGAUGGUGCGCAACGAGAAGCGGUUUCAUCGGCAGGCAGCGGAGGAGAUCCGAAUCCUGGAGCAUUUGAAAAAGCAGGACAAGACAGGCAGCAUGAACAUAGUGCAUAUACAGGAGAACUUUACCUUCCGCAAUCAUAUCUGCAUGACUUUUGAGCUGCUUAGCAUGAAUCUCUAUGAACUCAUCAAGCGCAAUAAAUUCCAGGGCUUCAGCCUGCCUUUGGUGCGUAAGUUCGCCCACUCCAUUUUGCAGUGUCUGGAAUCUCUGCACCGCCAUAAGAUCAUCCAUUGUGACCUAAAACCAGAGAAUAUUCUUCUCAAGCAGCAGGGUCGGAGUGGUAUCAAGGUCAUAGACUUUGGCUCCAGUUGCUUUGAACACCAGCGUGUUUAUACCUACAUUCAGUCCAGAUUUUAUAGAGCACCUGAAGUCAUUUUAGGCUCACGCUACGGCAUGCCCAUAGACAUAUGGAGCUUUGGCUGCAUUCUUGCUGAACUCCUGACUGGAUACCCUCUCUUUCCUGGUGAGGAUGAGGGGGACCAAUUGGCCUGCAUGAUGGAGCUUUUGGGCAUGCCCCCUCAGAAGCUUCUGGAGCAAGCCAAGCGUGCCAAGAACUUCAUUAACUCCAAAGGCCACCCACGUUAUUGUACUGUCUCCACCCUUAGCAACGGCACCCAGGUGCUUAACGGGAGUCGUUCUCGGCGAGGCAAGUUAAGGGGUCCCCCGGGCAGCAAAGAGUGGGUGACUGCACUCAAAGGGUGUGAUGACCCAACAUUUAUUGACUUUCUGAAGAAGUGUCUGGACUGGGAGCCCAGUACUCGCAUGACUCCAGUUUUGGCCUUGCAGCACCCAUGGCUUUAUAAGAGGCUACCCAAGCCUGUACAUAGCGGAGAGAAGUCCAUGGUACCCAAGCGGAUUACCGAGCAUGGAACUACUUUCCCCAGCAUCGUCCCAAAGGUUCCCCCUGUAAUGGGCCCAACCAACAACAAAAUGAGGACCAACAUGAUUGGGGACACUGGUGGGAAUAUACCACUGCGUACAGUGCUACCAAAGCUUGUUUCAUAGAGCUGAUCACCUAUUCAGGGAAAAGACAUUUUAAUUGGUUGAUUUAAUGUAGGUUUUGUUUGCUUUUUUAAAAUGAGUGGCAAUACUCCAGUGUUUUGACUUCGGUUUUUAAAACUACGAAGCACAAAAAAAAAACAUGCAUUUUUAUAUGGCGGUGAAAUGGUAGCGUUGGUUUCCUUCAAAUGGCUUUUGAUAGGGCAUUUGGCAAGUUCCGAAUUUGGUUUUUGUUUUUACACUUUUAAAAGGAAUGGCAUGCUACUUAAGUGCACAAGUGGGUGAAAAAAAGUUCUGUAACCUCAUGGGGUUUACACUAUUUUUAAAGAAAGAAAAAAAAAAAGAACAUUUUCUAAGGGCUGUCUUUUAAAUCUUUACCAUUUAGGUCUCGAUGCUGAGUGUUUUGAAUGGUUUCAAAAUCAAAUAACAAUUUCAGAGCUUUAUCUACAGCAAAGAGCCUCAUUACUUUGCUUAAGGUUCCAACUGUUCUCUGAUUCAGCAGACAAACGAUAUAUAUAUAAAUUAUUUUAACUGACCAAUUAUUAGCACGAUUUCGGCUUUUCGUUAUCUUUUCUCGACGCUCACAAUCGGGACACGGGAGCGUGAGUCAUUUGGAAGUUUCUUUUCUCAUGUGCUCCUUUAGGUCAAAACACUGUGCAUUGCCAGAAUGAGCAGGGAGAUGGAAAAAAAAUCCCAGCUUUUUCUAGAGAAGGAGAACAUAGAUGCCCUACAGUGAAAUAAAGAAGUAUGUGUGCUCUGGGAGCAGUUGUUUGUUGGCUCGAUUAAUACGCUGUUCUUUUUUUUUGAAAGCUGUCAGUCAGGUUGUACUUGAAAGUAAUAAGCAAGAUGAGAAGUGGGACAAGUGUAAGUAUGCAGUCAAGAAGUUUGUGCUAUCAAGCAGUGGUUGUGGCCUAGUAAGGGGUCUGUGUUCCUAGCCAUGUUAUCUCUUAACCAUAUAUUGCUGGAUUUAGAUUAAGGAUAAAAUGGUCAGGGAGCUAUCAGAUGUACAUCAUUGAGCUACCAGCCUCCAUUCUUUUUAAAACUGAGCAAGCCCACCGUCGUGCUUUCUGACACGGCUCUACACUGUGACCUGUUUUUCUUCUUGCUUUUUUUUUUUUUUGGGGUACUCUCUUCCAUGAUAACACUAAACGCUUCCUUUUCAUGCACUCAUGCUCUUGAAUGCACCACAGAGCACGUAGCCAUGUACAUUUCUUUUUAAGAUUUCGAAGAAAAGAGCUUUUGAUAACCGGAAACAACUGAUUCAACAGAAGUACAACUGUUUGUUGACACUGCCAUGACUUCACACCUGUAGGCCUUGAAUUAACACUGAAUGAUUAAAAGACUAGUUGUUCUGAGGCAAAGACUAUUUUAGAAAAUGAAUGGUGCUGACCUUAUAGCCCUCUCACCUGCAUGCUGUGCCUUUAUCAUGCAAUUUUAUAUUCUUAGGACCAAUAAGUUAAACUCUAAAAUACGUGUAAAAAAAACAAAACGCCAUAGGGUUUUUAUAUUUGUAGACUGCAUUCUCUUCUUCUCUGGUUUUCACUUCCUCUGGUUAUGCAUGGAUCCCAAAUCUGCAGUGACAAUAAUUAAGGCAGGAACGCAAACCAAGCAGGUGAAUAGCGUAACAGUUCUUUUCCGACUAUUUGCAGUCCAUUAUUCUAAGGGUGUAAGGGCAGGCACAAAUUCAUAUCCGUUGCUUAGUCUAUUGUCGAUUAUCCUGACUAAUUAAUUUCUAUCAAUAACAAGUGCUUCUGUGUUCAUUCAGUAAAAAAAAAAGGAAUGGAAAAUUUAUCACGGCAUAACAAUCCAUCUUUCGUUAGUCUACCUCUUAAUUACGCGUCUCAGGUUCUGGCAAUAUCACCAAAACAGUCAUCGUUAAAAUUCAAGUUGUGGCAUCUUUCACUUCAGCGCUUCUGACUGUGUGCGUGGUCUUCUCUAUAGGAAGAACUCUGCUCUUUUAAAGCUCAUUGAGUGUUUGAAUAACACCUAGGCUCUACACAUUGCCUUGUUUUAGCUUCUAGACCACCUUCAAUCAGGGUUUUUCUUUUCUUUUCAAAACUUCUUUUGAGUCCUUUUUUAAACCUUGACAUCAUUAUCACUUUGACAUUGACUCAAUUUUAAAAAGAGAACAAACUGAUGAUGGUGAAAUAUACCUUUCUGUGAUGUGUCUUUGUAGCUGUUUUCAGCACGGAUAUGGAAACAAGUGUAAAGGACUGAAUGCUGAAUUAUGUCCGUAAUGUAACCAAAUGAGCUUGUAUUAGUUUCUUUUUAAAAAAAUAAAAUAAAAACAAUGUUAACUGCA